GUCCCUCUGCUGACACUAUGAAAUUUGUCAAAACCGUGUGCUUUCCAGACUCCAGCCCCAAGAUUCCUUCCAAAACAAACGUCGCCUACUUCUUUAGCCCCUCAUAAAAACCUCAAACCUCAUAACAAUUCAUGCUUCAUUCCGAUCAACAAAACAAAAUUCGUGGAAAAUGUGUAAAGGGUUUCAGCCAAACGAGAUAGAUCGCCUGAAAAUCAAAGGCUUCUACCUCCAUUUAUCAUUUUCAUCACCGACCGAAUAUGUCUUACCCGAUUCACUAACUCUGCAUUAUCUGCCCCGCAUAAGUGAGAGUCCAUUACAGAUAAACGACUCCAACAUCCGAUCCAAUUCCCCCGCUUUCGUUACGCUACACCGGGUCGUAUCAGUAACAACAAAAGGGGUUAUUUACGGAAACAGAGACAGAGUUAAAGCGAGUGAAGGAGUAAAAUUCGAAAUAUUCAUGGCUCAUGUUAAGCUCAUAAAGGGUAUUUUCAUGAAUCAAGAGAAUUGGAGAAUCGAUUGCAAGUGGGCUUUGGAAAACGACGAUUUACGAGUGAAAGGGGCAGAGGUGUGUGUAGCGGUGGAAGGACGCGCCGCCCCUGAAGUGAUUACUGAGAAGGUGGAGAUGACGGUGAGGAAGAGGAGCUGUACUUUUCAGAAGCUGGAGGAGAUUCCUGAGCAAAAAGAAGUUGAAAAUGAGCUUGAUGAGGGGUCCACUUGUUGCUGCUCGGAGUGUGAAGGUGAAGAAGAGGAUUCGGACGGCGGCGGCGACACGGCGGAGGGAGUUGGGUGGGCAGUAGAUGUAGGGAUAUGGGUGAUGUGCCUUGGGGUGGGGGUGGGGUAUUUAGUCUCUAGAGCUUCUUCAAAGAGCUUAAGAAGAAGGAGAUUCAUAUAAAACUAUUUUUCUGCUACUAAUUUCUAACAAAUAGGAUGUAGCACAAAGUUUUGUACAAGUAAUUCGAGUCAUCUUCAUAUUGUUAAUAAACACAAUUUUCCGAUCAUUA